GCGUUCCGACACUUGUAGUUCAUGGAGAUAUGUUUCUGCGAACGCCAAUUUCAGCCAAUUGACCGCACGAUAUCCGCCAGUAUAUGCCGAUUCGAAAGUAGACAUCAACACGCCCAAAGCACAGAGCACAUCAUGCCUUUAAGGCGUAUCGUCAGAAUUUGAAUAAAAGGCCUGCGUUAUACUCUCCUGAAGUGUUACAUGCCGCCAGAUGUAUUCUACACUGCACAACAUCAAUCUCAACCUCUGUUCCUUUCUCCGGCGCUACGAAAUAGUGGCACAUCUUGUAUCAACAUGGCCGAUCUCCAGAAGCCGCAGUCCAUUUCCACAAUUCCCAUCCCUCUUUCUACUCCUCCACAGUCGUCAGCUACUGUUAUCCCUUCUCUGAAAAGGGAGUCCCGUAUGACUGGGGACGAAUUAGCCAAAGCACCUGGCCUUACGGCACUCGACGCUUCAUCCUCAUCCAGUACUCAAAACGGCAAUAAACGAUCCGAGGUCCAAGAGAGCAAUUCGGCUGGGCAAUAGAGCUAUAUAUAGCUCCAAUCAUGUGUGACUCGCGGCAAAGUCAUUAGUACGCACUACAUACAUAUAGGAUCAGAAAUACAAGCUGUACUGCCUCC